AAACGCUUACGUGAACACGGAAAAGGAUGAACUGUCGAAGUGUGCGAAAAAAAAUUGUUUCUGGUUAUUGUGGACUUAUUAAAAGACAAGUUGUGUGAUAUAAUUAUAUCCAGUGAAAGUUGAACAUCAGUGAGUUAUCAAAAUGACGGAUUUUCGGGCGAAAUAUAAGCAGAAAGGUCUGAGUUUUGGAGAUUUAGAGAGAAGUCGCAUCACGAGAGCUAGUGAACGUGAUGAACGGAGAAAAGAAAUUCGUGCUGAAACCUUUGAUAAACUCAGGCCAUUGAUUCAAAAUGCCAAUCCAGCUACUCCAGGUGCGCCGGCUGUUACAAGUUCUCGAAUCGAGAAGCUUCAAAAGUGGAAGCAAGAGAAGGAUAUGAAGAAGAAAACCGACAAAAAGGUGGAAAAGCCACCCUUCAAAGUUGGGGUUGUACAUCAUCGAGUAUUUUCACCUCCGAUUAACGGUCCUCCUAUUCCAAGUUGCUCCCACUCACACUCUCAUUCAAGUGUAAAAUCUCGAAUCCAGCAAGCAAUAAAAAGUCCCAUAAAAAGAAUAACAAGAGUUACAGAAAAGCGCCUAGCAGCAAAGGCAGCCGCAAAAGCUGCUCAGAAGAAAUCUUUUGCUCCUCCCAACUAUAAAUUCAGAGCGCCUGCAGGUUUGCCAAAUCUUCCCUUGUUCGGUCGAGUCAAAAAGGGAAGCAUAGACGCAACAAAACUCUCAUUUAACUUAGGUGCUGAUAAAAACAUACCAAUAAAAUCCGAGGCUCGAAAUUCAGCCUUGAGUCAGCGUAAAAUAUCAAACUUGGUUACGCACGAAUCUCCACGAAGGAGUAAGAAAUACAAGACAAAUCCCAAAGAAGACGAGUCUAUCAGUGAAAAUUCUCAGGACAAAACGGAACCUCGCAUUUCCCGAUCUUCUAAAAGGCGAGCCUCUAAUUCUUCCCCCGACUCGGCAUCUCUACGAGUCUCCUCCGAUGAUCCCGAAGUUUUCGAAUCGCCUGUCGCCGAGUCUUCCUCCUUUAAUCCCAAUACGAAAAAGAGAGAAUCAGCCCCGCAAGAAUUGCCAAUUAACCAAAUUUCUCCAGCGAACAGUAACAAAAAAUCGCCAUCAAAGUUGCAAAUCAUUUAUCCAGUAACAAAGAUUUCAGAAUCAAGUUCGGAUGAAAAUAACGACCCAGUCCUGGAAAUGAAUUCAUCACAAGCCGAGAAGGACUCGCUCCAAGUCGAAGCACUGCCAAUGGCUGAUGAAGUCCCAGAAAUGUCUGCGGAAUCAGGAUUCGAGAAAAUGGAUUCUUCCUGGUCGGAACAUGCAGCUUUCUUCUCGCCCUACGUGGUGACCAGACGCGGGAAGAAGGAAGCCAGGAAGGAGACGAAGCUUCGUCAAGGUUUUAAUCACUCGAUCGAGGAAAUCCCGACCAAGGAGACCAUCAUGCAGACCUUGAACAUCUCCAUUGACGAGGAAGUACGGACUUCGCAGUACUUCAAGUGUCUAAUUGAGAGCGAGACGAACAGGCUUCAGGAGCAGUGCGAUCAUUGGACGAAUAUUGUCGCCUUCGAGAAUCCGCCCGAGGAAGCUCUCUACAUUGUUCAGCAGGCAGUCGGCCAAACGAAAUUGCUCCUCGCGAAAAAGUUCAAGAGAUUCGAGUCGCUCGUUCUCGAUUGCGAGAAAGGUGAUGGCCAGAUGUUGGUCACUUGCAAGGAUCUCCAGGGCUUCUGGGAUAUUGUGAACAUGGAGAUCAGGAAUUGCGAGAAUCGGUUCGCCAAAUUGGAGGAGUUGAGGACUCGCGGAUGGAUCGAGGAGGAGGAAGUGAAGCAACCGCCGAUAAAAAGAUUGCCGAAGAAGAAGUCGCCGAAGAAGAAGGCCCCGGCGAAGAGUUCGCUGAGAGCGAUGAUUCUGGCCGCGAGGCAGAAGAAGAAAGAGCUGGAGGUGAAUUUGGAGGCUGAACCAGCGGACGAGGCGGUUUUGGAGAUUUGGAACGAUGUUGUGAAGUCGAGUCCGACGAAAGUGCCCAGUGCUAAUAAACGAAAAUCUUCGACUACAACUCUGGGUUCGAGUCAUAAGGAGGUCAAUAAGAGUAUUCCUCUUGCUGUGAUGGCGAUCAGUCAGAAAUGCAAGACACCAGAAGAUAAAGAUCCGGAGAUUAGAGCUUCUUUGGAAAAUGAGGUUGAAUCGGAAAUGGAGACUGAAGACAAGAAUCCCGAGAUCGUGAACUUCCAAGUUCAGUUGGAUGAUUCCAUAACUUACAUCAAUUCAAGACAAACGCCAGGAAAAAGUAUUUUAAAGCGGAUAAAGGUGGAAAUCACUUCGGACGGUUCUGAUGAUGCGCGUUUGAUCAAAUCAACGCAGAAGGUCAUUUUCAACGACAAUGUGCAGUUGAAGGAGGUUGAACCCGACGAGGAGGAAAAAACAAAAGCAAGUCUCGCUGCAGCCUUGGCUCGAAUUGACAGCGCGGAAUUCGAUUCAGAGUUCGUUUCCGAAAUGGAAAUUCGAGCCGAAAGGAAGCUGAACUUUGAGGACGAGAGUUUCAACGAGAAUCUAAAUGCUUCCAAAGAGAAUUCAAUCUUCGAUGAUGAGGAGCCAGUUUAUCAGACUUUUGUGAUUCCUGAAUUCAAGAUUAUUCCCCCGACCCCAAAAUCUCCGCGGCUUAACAAGAGGAAACAAAAAAAAGGAUUGGAAAAGUCGAUUUUAGAGGAGUCGAUUUUGGAGGAGGAGGCGUCUGCAGAAGAACAAAAUUCACAGCAUGAAGAGACCUUUACCAGAUCGUUGAGAAACCGGACGAUAGUCGGAAACUUGACUCCAAAAUCUGAGAAAAAAUUAAAGAGUAAUCCUGACAAAUCUUUGGAUUUAAGCGGUUCGCUAAAUCAGUCUUCGAGAUCUUUGAGAAAGACUCCCAAAUCACCAGGGGUUGCUGGAAAAUCGCCGCGAAAUAAGAAGGAAAAUAGUCUUCUCGAAGAUGACAAAUAUUUGGAUUUGAGCGAAUCUCUAAACCAGUCCUCGAGGUCUUCGAAAAAAACGGGAAAAUCGCCGAGGCUUGCGGGAAAGUCGCCGAGACAAAAGUCGAACAGAAAAAUUCCAAGUCCAUCGAGAGAUAAUCAAGACAAGAGCGACGAGAAGCCAACAGAAAAAUCUUCCGAUGAACAAAAAUCGAGUGUAAGUACACCGAAAUCGACGAGGAGAUCGUCGGGAAGAUCUUUGCAGAAAAAGGAGGAAAAUGGAAGUUCCGAAAAGCAAGGCUCUUCUGGAAACCAAAGCGACAAUGAAAGUCCGGUUGCGAGAUUUGUGAAAAAAGCAGCACGUAAGACGUCCUUACUGUACAAUAUGAUGAAAUCUCCAAGGUCUUCUUCGAAGAAAACCAAAGAAAUCAGCCAAGAAAUCGGCAAGGUUUUAGAGGCAAUGCAGAUAGACUCUGAAUCAGAAUCUAAAAAGAGUGACAGUCCGGCCAAACCUGCUCGCAGAAGUUUAUUGAGAAGGAGCAAAAAAUCUGAAGACAGUUUCAAGCAGGAGAAUGAGACCGAAGUUGAGGACGAAAUUAGCAAAGAGUUUCAGAAGAUGCAAGUGAAGGAAAACAGAAACUCUGAAGGAAAAUCUGCACUGGGAAAACUCGAUAUUUCUGCAUCAAAUGCUGAUACGUCAAAGCUAAACGGCAUACAAGUAAAUGGCGAUGAAACACGGGAGAAUUCAAAUUCAGAAAAUCUCACUGAUUUGUUGGAAGCGCAAAAAAAUCCAGUAAAGAUUACAAAUUCAAGGAAGCAUCGCAGCACUGGAAAUAUUCUUAAUCCGGCAGACGUGAACUAUAAGGAUUCAAACGAACUGAAUCAGUCGUUGAAAGAGUCUAAGUUAACAAAAUCGAGGAGAAGUGAACUGAUUCCUUUGAACGAUUUGCCCGUGGAGAAAGAAAAUGAAACACCGAAAGAAGUACUGAAAAGGAUAAAGCGGGAAUAUUCUAUGAACCCAGCAAGUCCAAAAGUCAGUCCAAGACGGAGCCCAAAACCGAAUGAGACACCGAACAAGAGAAAAUCCAUUAAGAGGAGCAUGAGUUGUCAUAUGGAAGAAUGCUCACUGGCUGCCGGAGCACAAUCUAAUCACAAACGGAACAAAUCGAGUGGAUUAGUGAAAACGCCAACCAUUCGACGAACGGUAAAUCUAAUGUCUUUCGAGUCGCCUUAAAAAUAAGAUAGAUAAGAAAACUAAGAUAAAUAAUAAAUAAGUGUCUCUUUUUUUUCUUUUUUUUUUGUUGUUGUAACAUUGUUUUACUACUUUAUUAAUCUAUCGUAUAUUUUUAGAAAAUACAGGUCGUAUGUUUUACAAAUUGAAGGCCUGAUUCGAAUUGGGAUUAAUUGUUGCUCAUUAAAAUAAUUGUACUACCAUACUUACAAGAAAUUUACCUUUUUUUUUAUAUACAAAAAUAACAAUCUUUUGAUUACGAUAUAUAUUUUUUUUAACUACAGUGAUCGGAAACACAGUAGAGAAUUGUCAAUAUUUGUCGUGAAUGUCCUGACAAUAUAAAAUUUGCGAAAUUUAUUCCAAAUUUGAGGCAAUAGUAAGUUGAGGCAUGCCACUUGGGAAUGGUUUUGAAAAAUGGAAAUGAUGUGCCGUCGAUGUUUAACGGCAGAAAAGUGGUGCCGUGUUUUUUAUUGAAUAAACUGAGAACUCACUUUUAAAAAAU